CCGGCACUUUCUCCCGGGGCUCCCUGGGCUGUGCGGAGUGUGAGAUAGGAGUUGCAAUUUGGGGAGCUCUCCCUUUCUCGCCUUUAAACAGUUUUUCCACUUGCCCUUGACUAGGGCAUAUUUUACCACUCUGCCUGCAGCUUACUCUUUGCUCUUCCAUUCUGCUAGCUGCGAUUUCAGCGAGCUGCCCUGGGCGGGAAGACACCCGGCUCCCCACCCUCAUCCUGUCUCUCCCGCCCCACCCCGCGCGCCCCCUCCCUUUCGCCAACUCUGGCGUCUCAGAUCCCUGCUCUCUCUAUGCUCCUGUCUUUGGAGCUGGGCCUGGGCAGUGACUGGAUGCUUGGGGUUAAAUGGUGCAGGAGCACAGACGCGCAGGAGUCCCCGGGAUUUUCCACGUCGCUGUCUCCCCACCCACACCUCGGCCAGGGGUCUAGUUCGGACUGACCCAACCCCGCACUUUCUCUCUGCAGGCAAACUGUGGGUGACGGUGCCUGCGGGGGACUGUGCCAUCUGUCCGCCAGGAUCUGGGGAGGAAGAACCAGCAGCUCCCCACCCCCUCCCCCUCCACCACCAUUUUGGAUACUCCGCAGGGACGCGUUUUGGGGUUCCCACUGACUUCCAGGAAGGACGCGUGCCCCUCUCUGACCCCAGCUCCGGCGGCCACCUGUGUUCGCCGCGGUCACCCUUUGCCCAUGACCCUGCGGUGCCUUGAGCCCUCCGGGAAUGGCGCGGAAGGGACGCGGAGCCAGUGGGGGACGGCGGGGUCCUCGGAGGAGUCGUCCCCGGAGGCAGCGCGCCUGGCGAAGGCCUUGCGGGAGCUCAGUCAAACAGGUUGGUACUGGGGAAGCAUGACUGUUAAUGAAGCCAAAGAGAAAUUAAAAGAGGCACCAGAAGGAACUUUUUUGAUUAGAGAUAGUUCGCAUUCAGACUACCUACUAACAAUAUCUGUUAAAACAUCAGCUGGACCAACUAAUCUCCGAAUCGAGUAUCAAGAUGGGAAAUUCAGAUUGGACUCUAUCAUAUGUGUCAAGUCCAAGCUUAAACAGUUUGACAGUGUGGUUCAUCUGAUAGACUACUAUGUUCAGAUGUGCAAGGAUAAGCGGACGGGCCCAGAAGCCCCCCGGAACGGCACUGUUCACCUUUAUCUGACCAAACCGCUCUACACAUCAGCACCACCUCUGCAGCAUCUCUGCAGACUCACCAUUAACAAACGCACCGGUGCCAUCUGGGGACUGCCUUUGCCAACAAGACUAAAAGAUUACUUGGAAGAAUAUAAAUUCCAGGUAUAAGUGUUUCUCUUUUUCUAAACAUGCCUCAUAUAGAAUAUCUCCGAAUGCAGCUAUGUAAAAGAGAACCAAAACUUGAGUGACUGCUCUGGAUAACUACACGGAAUUCUAAGAACAGCUGAACCAAUCUAACUUACAUGUGUGAUGAGGUAGCUAGGUCACAAUAUUUUCACCUGAGUAAUGCUUCCCUUCCUAAGGCUAAGACCAGCUGAUCCUUUUGAGUCAAAAAGUAAAUGUCCCAAGUAAAGGCUGAAGUAACAUUUUUGUCAGAGUGCAUUGCCUUUCUGAGGUUCCUUUCUUUUUGGUCGAAGGUCCAAGCACCAGUAGUAGAGAAAGAACUCCACGAAGGAGUCCUGAAGAAGGCGAAGGAAACUGAGACAGGCUUAACUUCCAUUUUAUAUGCCUGGUGAUCCGAGUCUAUUUUGGACAUGUUAUAUUUUGCAUUCUAAUGUACCUAGAGAUUUUGUUGGUCAGAUAUGCUUGUGAGUAUUUAUCCUUCAUUUUAUGCAAUUAACCAAGUCAACCAAAAAAAGUGACCACGAAAUCCUGUAUUUGUCUUUUUACUACAUGUAUGAACUCUCAUGUGAAUGAGUACUGUAGUAAUCCAUUUUAAGGGAGCCUUACUUCAGAAAUAUUUCAAACUGGUGCAAAUGGAAAAGACUUUGUCUUUUCCUUUAAGGCUAAAGACAAGAAUGUCAUGCUAUAUAGGUGCAACCCAGUCCUGGUUAAUAAAACCAUGUAGAUACAGACAUUUUACCCUUUGAAGUAGCUGUGUCCCAACCUGUUGCCAUGGAUUUUUUUGGAAAUGGCUUUAGAAAUUUCCAAGUUGUCCUUGAAUUGUCUAGCUAUGGACAUCAGCAGUUGUCUCCCUUCUACCAUGUAGAAAACUUUGACUUAAUUUUCUUCCAGAUAUAGGGGGAUACCUGCCUGUUUUUCAAAGUGUUUAUUUACUGCUGUUACUAUUUGAUUAGAAUGUAUUAAAUAAAAAAAAACCCUGGCUUUUACAA